AUGCUCUACAGCUUCAACGUCAUUCGUCACUGGUCCAUCGUACGCUCGAACCUCUCUGAUUGUCUGCGCACGCACCACGCCUCGAGGCCGACCGGACCCUGGCUUUCCCAGGAGGACUCGGAUGGUAAGGACAGCUUAGCACACGAGCUCACGGCGCAGCCACCUUUCGAUGAACCUGAGGCACCGCAUCGCCUUGUUACUGACCGUACUUGCACUCACGCAUGCUCAGCCCCUUCGGGGUGGCAUCGACAGCACUACGCUGGGUAUUGCGCACGAUAUAGCUACAGGCGAUCGCGAAGGUCUCAGGGCCAGCCUCACGCCAACGAUGGAAAGCGUGUGGAUCCUGCAUAG